AUGACAAGCCUCCGGUGUCUUGCUCUUGCGGCAGUUCUUGCAGGAACUUCUUUCGCAGGCGAUGACCAGUGGCUGAGUCCUGUGUACAAAGCUUUCUACCAGUACUCACUCCCGCUUCCUCCAGUUAAGACGCCAAAGACAUUAUAUGUGAAUCAAACUACCGGCGCGGUCAUUGACUACUAUGAAGUCGACAUCAAACCGUUAGAGCAACAAGAUGGAAUCUCACCAGGUCCUACAUUCCACAUGGAGCGCGGAAGGGAGGCUGUUGUGAGAUUCAUCAACCACGGAGACUUGGCCAACUCAGUUCAUUUACAUGGGAGUUACAGCCGAGCACCAUUCGACGGCUGGGCAGAAGACACCACGCAGAAGGGGCAGUAUAAGGAUUAUUGCGAGUUCGCCAAUCUAAAGCAGAACGCCCGCAAUCUAUGGUACCAUGAUCACGCUGUCCACCACACUGCCGAAAAUGCUUACUUCGGCCAAGCCAGAUUCUACAUUCUCCACGACCCCGCCGAAGAUUCCUUGGGCCUACCUGCCGGGAAUUACGACAUCGCACUAGCUCUUGCAGCCAAACAGUAUAACAGCGACGGUACCUUGUUCAGCCCUACCUCAGAAACUCUCAGUCUGUACGGCGAUGUGAUCCAUGUCAAUGGUCAGCCAUGGCCCUACUUCAAGGUAGAACCACGCAACCGUGCAUUCCAGCUAUGGGUUGAAGCUGAUGGUGCAUUGGGAACAAAGAUUCCAUUCCAAAUGAUCGGCUCCGAUGCUGGCUUAUUGAGCAAGCCAAUCACGUCGGAUCUCCUUCAUAUCUCGAUGGCCGAGCGCAAGAACAUCACGCUAAGAAACAACCGCAAAGUACAGGCCGAUGAAGACUACAACAGCACCGACAAGGUCAUGAAAUUCGUUGUUGGAAAUACGGUUACAAGCCAACAAGGAAACGGAAACGUUCCAUCGCCUCUCAGAGAAGUUCCUUUCCCCCCCCUAAAGAGCGGAGUUGACAGGAACUCCCGUUUUGAGCGCUCGAAUGGCGAAUGGCAGAUCAAUGGUGUGACGUUUUCCGAAGUUGAGAACCGUAUCCCUGUUCGAGUCAUCGCUCGCUAUGCUCCCUGGGACGGCGUGUACAUGUUCCAUUGCCACAACUUGAUUCACGAAGACCACGACAUGAUGGCCGCCUUCAACGUUAGCGUGCUGGCGGACUUCGGGUACCCUGAGACCACCCACUUUAUCGACCCCAUGGAGCAGCGAUCCCGCUCUACGGAUAUCACGGACGGCGCUUUCGAGGAGGAACAUAUUCAAGACCGAAUCAACGAGUUGUACCUCAUUGAUGCGUACAAGGAUAUUGACAAAGUCGAGGAAGCCCUCGUGUCAUACUGGGACAACCACAGCUCGGCAGUGCCCUCUACCCUCCAGACCAGCGUUAAAUCUAUUAAGUCUACCACCGCACAAGCGAGCACAACAACGGCCGCAAGGGUAACCACUAAGGCUACUACGACGACAAAGAAUGAUGAAAAGAAGACAACUAAGACUGCGAAGACUACCACGAAGAAGUAGUAGUUCGGUUGGUUUCAUAUUUUCACUGUAAAUCGACGCUCAUUUGACGGCCUUUGAUCAAACAAUUGGAAUAUGGUAAUGGGAAACUGGUAAUGCAUGGCAUUGGGACGGCGGAUUGAGUUGCUGUUAGGGAUUAUAUUCAUACAGGACGGCCACCGGGAUACUAGGAUGAUUGCAUGUCUGUCUAUAUGACGGAAGAAGCUUUGGACCUUUUUGAACUUUAAGAUGACGCGUAGUGCGCCGUGACCGAUCUGUGUAUACUCUUCUGACCCCAUGUGAGGGGGCUUUUGGGGGGCUUCCGUGUGUCUUCCGAAGUCAGACGGAAUAGGUAUCAUGCCACUCGAGUUCGGACCUUCUCCGACAACUGUACAGAUACUACUCCCUAAGACGGCGUAG